AUGGCGACAUCUCAUGACCAGGUGCUGCAGUCUGGGCGUGUGAUCGAUUUGGAUGAGAUCGCCUUGGCCAUCUCCUCACCCCUGCAGUGCUCUUUCGAGCUGGCAGACCUACAGCCCCUCCAGGGGUCCAGGAAGGACUUUGUGGAGAAGGAGGUCCAGAAAGCGCUGCGAGCUGCUGGUGUUCCUGUUUCAGGUUCGACUCCACCGCCACAAGUGGCACUGAAGCUUCGAAUGCCCAAGCAAGAGGUGAAGGCAGAGCAGCCGCAUGUCGAGCCAGCCACUGGACACAACAUCACUACAGCCCUGCCUGUGCAGCCUGCUGUGGACACAAUCAUCACUGCAUCACCUGUUGACCCUGCAACAGCAGAUACCCAGGUGGAUGCCGACAUGAAGCAAGCCAGCCUCACGGACAGUGCAGAUGCAGAGAUGCCCCCAGCAGUGGAGACACCUGCUCAUGAGCAGGGUGAUGUAGACAUGGGACCCCCAGCAGUAGAGACAGCCCCCACGCAGACAGAGAUGCCUGUUGAUCAGGGUGAUGCAGACAUGCCCCAGGCGUGCGCAGGUGAGAUGCCCCCACCAUCUACGACACCUGUGAAGCCGAAGCCAUCCGGUACAGAGCAGACACCAGUCGAUCCACCCAAGCCAGCCGAUGCACCAGUCGUUGCACCCAAGCCAUCCGAUACACAAGUGCCGGCACCAGUCGAUCCACCCAAGCCAUCCGAUACACAAGUGCAGGCACCAGUCGAUCCACCCAAGCCAUCCGAUGCUGUGGACAGUACACAGGUGCAGGCACCAGUCGAUCCACCCAAGCCGUCAGCGGAUGAUGAGACCAGUGCUGCGGCCGAGCCCCGUGUGCGACAUGCUGACACGAUGAGUACCAUGGUCCUGGGGCAAUGGAGUCGAGAGGACUUGCUCGAGGCUGCGCAGGAUGAACCCAAACCGAGCUUGGUGGCAGCCCUUGCCGAGAAAUACUUUGGGUUGCGCACUGAGGGUGGGGCUGAUGAAAGUAUGGAUGCGGCCGAGAUGGCCGAGGCUUCUAGCUUGCUGACAUGGGCAGCUCAUGUUCUUGGUCCCAGCUGCAGUUCCGAGCGCCGGGAUGUGGCCUUGGCAGAAGCAGAAGAAAUGGCGGGGGAAAGCUUUCGGGGUUCGGCUCUCUUGCCCCACGAGAGCAAGCUCUUCCUGGCCCCGGCUGUUGAAAGUGUCAAUGAGGCACUGUGUCGAAUCCGUGAGUUCAAGGGUCUCGAGGACUCAGUGAAAUCGGGACAAGAAGCUGUUCAUCGACAAGUUGAGAAAGCACGAACUGCCCUAAGCCAGCAACAUGCAAAGGGAGACAUUUCCGAUGAUGUGCACACGCAAAAACUCAAGGAGCUCUAUGAGAAGAUACAGGCAAAGGAAGACGAGGUAUGUACCAAGAUCAAUGAAGCGAUUGCAAUGAUCUUGAAGGCCUGGGACAACCUGAAGCCUCAGCCGGCACUCUUGGCAAGGAUUGACGAGCAUGGUGAGCAGCCCAUGGAAGUGGAUGCUAUGGAACAAGAGAUGAUGGCCGAGCUGGAUGCCCAGCUGUUGGCUACUACCCUCAACGAGGAUGCGAAUAUGGAGCCGCCGCCUGCCGAUGAGUCCUCACAGGGAGCUGCAAAGGCUGCAGGGGUUACCGAUGGCCUGUUGGGCAAUUCUGAGAUCAAGGCUGCAGAGGGUGCCGGUGGCCUUUCGUGCAAUUCGGAUAUCAAGGCUGCAGAGGGUGCCGGUGGCCUUUCGUGCAAUUCGGAGAUCAAGGCUGCAGAGGGUGUGGGUGGCCUUUCGGGCAAUUCGGAGAUCAAGGCUGCAGAGGGUGUGGGUGGCCCGGCAAAUGUGCCAACGGAUCUUGCACUUGUGAAGCCAUCAGGCAUUAAAGGUGCGGUGGGCGCAGCCCUUGACAAGGGCCUUAUCCAGGACAUUCUUCUGCGUCGCCCAGACAGCUUUCAGCUGCAGGAGUCUGCUCUAGCCUUCAAGGAUGGUGAAUCGGAAGAGGAACGCCUCUUGCGUAUUGCCCACAACAUCUACAUGAGGUUCAAUCGGAGCCACAAAAGUGCCAAGUCCCUCGAUGAGAUGUUCAUUGAGUAUUUGAGAUGUGAUGGCAAAUGGAUGGAGUCCAACCUGAUUGUCAAGCAAGUCACCAGCAAGGGCCAGCUGGUGGAAGGGGUUGAGUGCUACAUGCGCUAUAUGGAUCUAAAAAAAAAGGAGGGGGUGGUCACCGCAAAGCUCAUUCGAGAUGAAAAGAGACUCCUUCAAGAAAACCUCGAGCAGAAUCCCGACCCCGAUGUGUUGCCCUUCAUAAUGGCGCAUCCGGACCUCCCCGGCUCGGAGGACUGGGAGCUGGUGAGAGUGUUUGAGUCUGCGAAGAUCACCAAGAGUUCCGCCCGGAAGUCCGCACCUCUGCGCAACGGCUAUCACGACGAACUCGAGCUCCACCGUGCUUCCUUGAAGGAAGCGGUUGAGCAGCUGCAGGCUGAUGAUUUGGAGGACCCGGCAGAGCAGCAGAAGCGCAUGGAAAUGUUGGCCACCCUGAUGAAGAACUACUCUGACUCCGCCAACAUGAUCAAGAAGAAGGUUGUGCCAUCGAUAAAUUUAGACCUCAGCUUUGUUGGAGCUGUGACAAUGCUGCAGCAAAGUCACAAGGUUCCAAUCAGCUAUGUGCAGGUGCCGAUGCGCACAUCGGUAACAGAUGACACAGUGAUCCAACGGGAAGCCAACCGUGAGUAUUGGGCCCAUAUGGUCAAACACACUGAUUGGGCUGCAUCCCACCCAUGCAGCCAAUACCCAGAAACUUCCAUCCCGACCUUCCUGUACGGCGACGAUGUGAAGUUCAACCGGCAGGAGAAAUUGACCUGCACCUACCUGGGCUUCAUCUUAGCCGACAAGAAGGGCCUAGCAAUGCGGACCCACUUCCCGAUAUUUAUCGUCAGGGUAGUCACAUCGCUGAAUGCUGCCAUCCUCGGCUUCACGCCAGCCCGCCCCAUCCUGAAUGCCGAUGGUACGUGCGAGGGGGAAGGUGUGCCGGAAAUGCUAGAGCAACCACUUGUGGUGGACAAUGGGGAGGUGGUCCGGUUUCCACUUUGUGAACUACGUGGUGAUUGGAAGUUCUACAAGGACAUUUGGCCUGGGGUGUCGAAAGCCGAACAGCUCAAAUCUGCCUAUGCAGCUUUUAGGGCUUGGUGCCGGGAACGCAAGAUUGUGCAUUCGCAACCCCUCUUUCAACCGAAGCACCUCCGUGGGAAAGAUGGGGAAGUGGAGCUGGCCGCCAAGGCGUACAAUGUCCGAGUCGUGACGAGCUGGCUUGCGGAUACGGUGACGGAGCUUGUGCACCAGGAAGGCUAUGACACAGAGGAGCUUCUGCUCUUGGCCCAGUGCAUGCACUUCCUGCCGGAGCUGAUGAACAAUCUGGAGAUUGCCCCACGGUAUCUCCAGGACAACCACAUUCAAGCCAUCUCCUAUGCUGCAGAUGCAAGCCUUGCUGCCUACCUUGGUUUGGCUGCCCAAUGUGCAAGUAUUGGUCUCCCGUACUUCCCCAUCCGGCCAAAGCUGCAUGCAUUUUGGCCUGCUUACUUCAAAUGUGCUGUACAGGAAAUGGUGUUCUUCGCCGCCAAGGAGCGUGGCUACAACUUCAGGCAUUAUCACACAUUCCUGGCAGAGGACAUGAAUGGCCGGUUGGUUGGAAUCGCUUCAAGAGUUCACUCCCGGGCCCUGGAGCGAAGCACUCUGCAGCGCUACUACCUUUGGCUAAUUGCCGACGACAUGGCUGCUGAGUCUGGUGAUGAUGAAAUGUAG